UUUUGUCCUUGUUUCUCCUCAUUCCUCUCAUGCGCUCUCUCGGUGUUUACAUCCGUCUGUCUUUCUCCCCCAUCUCCCAUUUUAUCCUGACUCCCUCUCUUACUCUGUUUUCUUGGUCACUCACUCACAGAUGUGAGUGACCAGUUUCUCUCUCUUGAGUGCGUGCUCUCUCAUCUUUUGCUUUCUCUUGCAUUUUUUGUGUCUCGCCCCAGUUCCCUGGCAUGGUGGCCACUGUCCCCACCCCAUGCUGCCCCUUGCUCUGUGAGAAACCUCUGAGCAGUGCCCCGGGCCUGGGUGACCCAACUUGGAGGCUCCUGUGGUAUCUAUUGGAGGGGCCUUAGGGUCACAGCAUUUCCUCCUGGGGGUGACUGGGCAGUGGCGUGUUUUGUUUCCUCACUUCUGCAAUUUCCAGACAGCACAGAGGCUGGGUCUGCAGACAGAGAUACUCAUAUCCUGCAGCUGCAGCUGCUACUCCUGGUACAGGCUCAGACAGGACACUGACCAGCUGCCUCUUCCAGCCCAGAGUAAUGGAGACAAAUGAUUCCUCCCGUGUGGACUCUGAAUUCCGAUACAUCCUCUUCCCAAUUAUUUACAGUAUUAUCUUUGUGCUGGGGGUCGUUGCCAAUAGCUAUGUGCUGUGGGUCUUUGUCCACUUGUACCCUUCCAAGAAACUGAAUGAGAUAAAGAUAUUCAUGGUGAACCUCACCAUGGCCGACCUGCUCUUUUUGAUCACUCUACCCCUGUGGAUCAUCUACUACUACCACCAGGGCGACUGGAUUCUCCCUAAAUUCCUGUGCAAUCUGGCUGGCUGCUUCUUCUUCAUCAACACCUACUGUUCCGUGGCCUUCCUGGCCGUCAUCACUUAUAACCGCUUCCAGGCAGUGACACGGCCCAUCAAGACCGCUCAGGCCACUACCCGUAAGCGUGGCAUCUCUUUGUCCCUGGUUAUCUGGGUGGCCAUUGUGGCUGCUGCAUCCUACUUCUUUGUCCUAGAUUCUACCAACGUAGAACCCAAUAAGACCGGUUCAGGCAACAUCACUCGCUGCUUUGAGCAUUAUGAGAAGGGCAGCAUGCCAGUCCUCAUCAUCCACAUCUUCCUUGUGUCUGGCUUCUUCCUUGUCUUCCUCAUCAUCCUCUUCUGCAACCUUAUCAUCAUCCGCACGCUGCUCAUGCAACCCACACAGCUGCAGCACAACGCAGAAGUCAAGCGCCGGGCGCUGUGGAUGGUCUGCACAGUCUUAGCUGUGUUCAUCAUAUGUUUUGUGCCUCACCACAUUGUGCAGCUACCCUGGACCCUGGCUGAGCUGGGCUUCCAGGACAGCAACUUCCACCAGGCUAUUAACGAUGCGCAUCAGGUCACCCUCUGCCUCCUUAGCACCAACUGUGUCUUAGACCCCAUCAUCUACUGUUUCCUGACCAAGAAGUUCCGCAAGCACCUCACGGAGAAGUUCCACAGCAUGCGCAGCAGCCGGAAAUGCCCCCUAGCCACCACGGAGACUGGCACCGAAGUAGUUUUGCCACUGAACAACAACCCUGUCAAUUCCUUAAAAAAUUAGUCUCUGAUUGUUGAGGCUAAGCCCAGAGGUUUCUCCUUCAUGGACAUCACGACUGACUUGGGGAGAAGAGGGGUAUCUGCUGUGGCCUGGGUACCUCCUUCCUGGGUACUGGGCUCAUUAGGUAUGGAGGCUACCUCCCCGAGGCAGGGACGAUGGCAGAGCUAGACUGCUGGAAAAUCUAGAACUUGAAUGAGCCCCUUCAGCCACCUUUGGGCACAUGCCAUAGUAACCUUGACUGGUGACCUCAUCCAGAGUGUUUGAAUCUUAUAGCUCUGGGAGGAAAGUCAAGGCCAGGGGCAGACCUUGGGGGCAGACUCUGAACCAGUCAGUUCACCCUACCAGGGCAGCAGGCCCAAGUGAGUAUGGCCUAAAGUUUUGGGCAAUCACUCUUUUUAUUACUAUAAAGACAGAAAAGGGGGUUUUGGAAAAAGGAUACUCCCCUGGCAAAGUGGCAGUAUCUUUGGGGCAGACUUUUGAGCUAAGAUGGUGCUACCUUGUCUCUACUCACAGGCACAAGGUCUUUGUGACACUUCUUAGGGGAACGAGCUCAGUGGAAACUUCUCCUGACUCACCCAACAACCUCUCCUGAAUGGUGACCACAGGAAAUAAAACAUAUAUAGAUCCAGUGCUAGAAUAGGGACUUGUUUCCAGAGGCAGACGUGUUUGCCUGCACAGGCCUCACCUCAGGCCUGGGUGAGCUCUAGGGAAGUGGGAGAGAUACAACUGUAGUACCCACCUGUCUGUCUCAAUAACAAACCCUGAUGAAGUACUUUCUGUGAGGCAGCCACCCACUGUGGUGGGCAAACACCCCUCAAAGCCAGACUCCGGUGUCAUGGUGCCCAGAGCCUUCCAUGGGAAGAGGAGCUUAGGCUGGGAAGUGCCUGUGUGUGGAGAGGCCCCCAGAGUGGAAAGAGUCUGUCAGGUCUCCUCUCUACCUCUCUUUCUAGAGGCCCCCUCCUAAUUUGACUUAAGGGAGGUAGGAGGAGCAAUUAUGGUCUUAAAGGCCAGCAGGCACUUUGACGUCUGGGUGCAGAAGAUAAGUGUCAGCUUCUCAAGGAUCUCUAGAUACCUGCUUGUGAUUUUCAGAAAAUAUAUUCAAACAAGCCUCCUCUCAUAUUCUAAGCUAAGUUACCUGCAGUAUGAACCUGGCAGCCCCAGACCCAAGACUUGGAGGAGACUUUUCUUGUUUCCAGAGCCCUGUGGACCUUCAAAGAAAUCUUCUUGCCUUUCAGCUAGUGUCCCCAUAAAGUUGGAAUUCUUGUCCUCUGUCUACUGAGCAAGCACUGGAUUGAUGAUUUUGAUAACUGCCUCAUAGUGAGCCGGUAACCUGCUUGGGCCCAGGAUAGUAGCUGUGGGCUAGACUUAGCCGAUAGUGACCAGGUAGAUAGUGUAGUGUACUAGAGCUUUCGUGUCUCACAGACCUAGGUUCAAAUUUUGGCUUUGUCACUUUCUGCUGAGGGACUCCGAGCUGAAUUUCCUACCUCAUAGGGUUGUUAUAAGCAGUGAAUGAAGUUGCCGAUGCAGAUACCUCUGGGUCAGGGUGACUGUUCAUCCCAGAUUCUGCUUUUUUUCUGAGAAUUUUUUCCUCUCAAUCUUCUUACGGGAGCUGAAUGGAUGAGAGGUGAGCAUCUGGCUCUAGUUGGGCCAGUCAGGUGCUCUGUCUCAGGAAAAAGUAGCAAGAUUCAGGGAUGCUAUUUCAGGCUCUGCAGGCCACUCACCUGAAGAUAUAUAAACUCUGGGGCUGUGUGUGUGUGUGCAUGCGUGUGUCUGUGUGUAUAUGAGGGGAGUUGGAACGGUAGUAGAGGCCGGCCACCUGCAUGCGCAUCCUAGAGAAGAUAGCUUUGCUCAGAGAGAAGAUGGAAAUGUGCAAAGAGACCAGGGCAGACCCCAGCCUGGGGGUGAAGGGCUUCCAGGGGCCUGCUGUCUUUGUUCCUCCAGGCCAAGUCCUUCUUGAGGCACAACUGCACUUUGUCUUUUGGGGCCUGUGAGAGUCCCUUUUUAGGCUACAUUCUCUUGCUUUGCUUAAGCUGAUUUGAGUUAUCUAUGACUGGCAAGCAAAAGAGCUCUGAAAGAGAUAAAUACUUAUAUGGUAAACCACAGUUUUUCUCGAAUUUCAAUCAUUCCUCUACCCACCCCUCAAUUUUUGCAAUAUCUUUGUACCAGCUAUAUGUUUACUUAAUAAAUGUUUUUCUUUAAAUUAAGUCACUUUUCAAAACCUAAAUUUUUUAAAAAGGAUACUUUGUAACUAAAUUGUAAAUGAAAACUAAUGGCACCUGCCAUACAUAGAAGGUAGACAUAAACAUAAAACAUAAUUAUUAAAAUAAAAAUGUUCUUGGUGUUCUGUCUAAAGUCACCUCAUACACCCCAGGGACUUGCAUAUCACACUUCAGGAAACACUGCUGUGAUAUGUACAAGGUGAACAAGGUCUGCAUUCAGUAAGUGCUCAAUAAAGAGUAAGUUGGACAGUUCUGAGAUGAUAACUUGUGAUCAUCCCCUUGCUUCCCCCAGAAUGUUGCCCCAACAUACAGGCCAGGGUCUUACUCACACCCAGGGACCAUGGGGGUGGGAGGAGUAUUUCAGUUUGUAGCCCACGCUACGGCCCUGCUGAUCCUCUCAUCACUCUGAAUACAGACACCUUCAUUCCCUCUGUGACCUCUGACCUCUGACCUUCUCAGAUGCUUUCUCUUCUCUUUGACCUAGCCAGAAAACCUUCUACAUGCAGCCUUCCUGAAGUCUUCCAGAUAGGGUCAUUGGUUUCCUUCUUGAAAUAUGUUAGUCUGGGAGGGCCCAACUUUUUAUACCUUAAUUACUAUGGUUAUAGAAGUUUAUCCAUUUCGAGGUCUGUCUUCCCUAUCCUGAGGUAGGAACUGAAUCUUAAUCAUCAGUGAUCUAUAGUUUCUCACAGAAAACCUGGAACCGAGAUCCGUCUGUCUCCAAAGCUUACUGCUUUCCCACGAUGUAGCAUAAACAGACACAUUGACAUAAACACGCACUUAUUUUGAUUCUUCAGGGACAGCUAGGGAAGGAAUGUAAUACAUAUCCUUCCAAAGUUCCAUGUACACAUUUUAAAGGGAGGUGGGGAUUUUCAGAGGAUCUGAACAUUUUAGAGCUGCAAGGGUCCAAUUCCUUUGUCUUAUUAAGGGGAACAUGGGACUCAGAGGGGUUAAAAGAUUGCAGAAAGCACAUGGCAUAGAACUGCAGUGAACACAGAAUUGGCUGCUGACCUGUGUCUCUUACUUCUUGUAGUGGUGACAGGGUCGAUAGGAAACACUGAGUUGUAAUUCUUUUGAAGAAACAUUACCAGUUAGGGUUUCCAAGCCAUCUUUUAAGUCAAAAGGCCUCACUCUGCAUUUUCCCCUGAUCUCAGCCUUCACCCCAAGGAAAUUUCAGUGAUCUCAGUUAGAGAAUGUUAGUGCAGGCAAGACCUGGCCCCUCACCUCAUCGAGAUGAGUCAGUCAUAGACACAAGAGUGUGGAAAGUGUAAGUCACAGCUGAUUAGAACUGAGCAUGUUUACGCCUGUUUUUACUCAUCUAUGUUUAUCUGUGCUUGAGAGCUAAGGCCACAAAUAGGUGUAAUAAAACCCUCUUGCAAAACAA